AUGAGUGCCCCGCGUACCCGCAUUAGCCAGAUUGCUAGUCAUUUAAGCUCCCACGACCCGCACGCUGAGGAAAGUGACUACGUGCAGCGCGUGAAGCAGACCGAAGCAUUUAUACGUAGCGAACGUUUCAAGUAUGUGAAACGUCCGUAUGGCGCUGAAGAUGUUGUAAAGCUUCAGGGAACGGUUCCCGCCGCGAAUGUCGGUACUGCUAUGUCCCGCAAGCUUUACAAGAUGCUGCGUGAAUUGCAGGCAGCCCAGAAGACAAGCCACACGUUUGGCGCACUGGACACGAUCCAGGUAACGCAGAUGGCGAAAUACUUGUCCACUGUUUACGUUAGUGGCUGGCAAUCGUCGUCCACAGCCUCUACUUCUAAUGAACCUGGACCAGAUGUGGCUGAUUAUCCCAUGGAUACGGUUCCCAAUAAAGUGGACCAACUAUUCCGUGCCCAGCUGUUUCACGACCGCAAGCAGUAUGAGGCUCGGCGCCGCAUGACUGCUGAGGAGCGUGCGCGCACGCCACCCACGGAUUUUUUGCGCCCUAUUGUAGCUGACGCUGACACUGGUCAUGGCGGGUUGACUGCUGUCAUGAAGCUGACUAAGAUGUUUGUUGAGCGUGGCGCCGCUGGCAUUCACCUCGAGGACCAGAAGCCUGGUACCAAGAAGUGUGGCCACAUGGGUGGCAAGGUGCUCGUCUCGGUGCAGGAACACAUUCAGCGCCUGAUUGCUGCUCGCCUACAGGCUGACAUUCUUGGCAGCCCGUUGGUCAUUGUGGCUCGCACGGACGCUGAGGCCGCCACUUUGCUAGAUAAUAAUAUUGAUCCUCGCGACCAUCCUUUCAUCGUUGGUGCUACUUAUCUGAAUGUGGAGUCGUACAUUGAAGCCACACACGCUGGUCGUGAGGGUGAUUGGGAUAAGCGGGCUCAGGCGAUGACUUACCCAGAGGCAGUCCGCAAGGUCUUGAAGAAGUCGGGCUGUCCAGACGCCUUGGCCAAGUGGAAUGCCCAGUGCUUGGAGCUAAGCCUGGCCAAGCUACAAGCUCUAGCUAAAUCGCUUGGUGUGAAGAUCGACUUUGAUUGGGACCGCGCACGCACAGUAGAGGGAUACUACCGCGUGCGCGGCGGUGUUGACUACUGUAUUGCCCGUGGUCGUGCCUACGGCGAAUACGCUGACCUGAUCUGGAUGGAGACGGCCAAGCCUGGUGUUCAGCUUGCGCGUACAUUCGCUGAGGGCGUUAAGGCAAAGGUUUCUCAUCAAAUGCUGGCGUACAACUUGUCGCCGUCGUUCAACUGGGACGCUGCUGGCAUGUCGGACACUGAGAUGGAGACGUUCGUAACGGACUUGGCUCGUCUGGGCUUUUGUUGGAUGUUUAUCACUCUCGCAGGCUUCCACAGCGAUUCGUUAGGCAUUACUCGUUUUGCGCGCGAUUAUGCCAAGCGUGGUAUGCUUGCGUACGUCGAGGGCGUGCAGCGGGCUGAGCGCAACGAGGGUGUGGAGACAUUGAAGCACCAGGGCUGGUCGGGCACUGAGCUUGUGGAUGCUAUGCAAAACACCAUCACGGGCGGACUGUCGUCGACGAAUACGAUGGGGUACGGUGUCACUGAAUCGCAGUUUUAG